AAUAGUCAGAGGUUAGAAAUAAUGUUUAUAAAUCUGGCAAUAACAUCUGUGAAAUCGAAGUCGAAACGAAAGUGUGUUAUUUGUUUUGUCACAUGAUUAGCAGAUUCAUUCAGAAUGCCAGAAUUUUGGGUUGUCUCUGCACCAGGCCCACAAGCACUGGAAAAACUAAAUGCUGUUACAAAACCAAAUAAUCUCUCUGUCAACUACAAAUUUCACAUUCCAGAUCUGAAGGUUGGUACCCUUGACACUUUGGUUGGUUUAACUGAUGAUUUGGCUAAAUUGGAUACAUAUGUUGAAGGGAUCAUUAGGAAACUGGUAAAUUAUAUGGAAGAAAUUUUAGAAGAUCAAAAAGAAAUGUUACAUGAAAAUCUCCACGUUAACAAUGCUGAUGUUCCACAGUAUUUAACACGCUUUCAAUGGGAUAUGGCUAAGUAUCCAGCUAGGCAGCCUUUACCUGCCAUUGCUGAAAUUAUUAACAAGCAAGUACAGCAGAUUGAAGCUGAUCUGAAGCAAAAAGCUAGUGCUUAUAACAGCUUGAAGACAAGCUUACAAAAUUUGGAACGUAAACAAACUGGUAGCCUUCUCUUGAGGUCAUUGGGUGACUUGGUUAAAAAGGAACAUUUUGUUUUGGAUUCUGAAUAUUUGACAACGCUCCUAGUUGUAGUGCCGAACAAUCUAUGUAAAGAGUGGGAAAAAAGCUAUGAAAACAUUACUGACUUUAUUGUACCUCGAUCAAGCCAGAAACUUUAUGCUGACAAUGAACAUACACUGUAUAAUAUUACACUUUUUAAAAAAGUAGCUGAAGAAUUCAAAAACAAAGCAAGAGAAAAGAAGUUCGUUGUUCGAGAUUUCACAUAUUCUGAAGAACAGUUGGCUGCUGGUAAGAGCCAUCAUGCUAAAUUGAAAAUGGACAAAAGCAGACAAUUGAGUGUGCUAUUCCGAUGGUUGAAGAUAAACUUUAGUGAAUGCUUUGUUGCUUUCAUCCAUGUAAAAGCUUUAAGGGUUUUUGUGGAGUCUGUACUGAGAUAUGGACUUCCAGUUAAUUUCCAAGCUAUGUUGCUACAACCAGCUAAAAACACAAAGAAACUCAGAGAGGUAUUAAAUAAAUUGUACAGCCAUUUAGAUAGCAGUUUAGCUGCUGGAUCUAUAGAUGAUGUUCCUGGUGGUUUAGCAUCUUUCGGAGUUGAGGAAUAUUACCCAUAUGUCUAUUUUAAAAUAAAUGUUGAUAUGUGUGAAAAGGCUUAAAUUGUUAGAAUAUUGUUGUUUGAAUACUUAAAAAAUAUAUAGAAUCUAGUUGUAUCAGAUUGAGGUAAGAAUAUAAACAUUCCUAUUUAUACGGAUUUGUGAUUAAGGUUUAAUCAAGUCAGAAAACAGAGUAGGUGGAUGUAAGUGUAUAAUUUCAUUUCUAGUGUAGAUUCAUCUGUUACAUAAAUACAUUAUUUUUUUAAAAAUCUGGUCAGAAUUCAAUGAAAGAACUGAUUUUUUGUAUUUACAUAAAGCCUUAUGUUUUAUUUUUUUCCUUAUAGCGAACAAAUGGUACUUUAUUUUUCUUUUGAAAUAUUUUUUCAAAGUAUAUAUCAUUUAAAGUACUCAAAAUAUUAAGAAAUCUCUAUCUGUGUCAUAAUGGGUGCAUAUAUUAUAGAUAUGAAAUGUCAUCUAAUGCUAUUAUUUUAUUCAGUCUAGUCGUUAUAUUUAGUGUCCGUAUGUGAUCUAAUCUCUUGUUUAUAAUCAUGUCUGAAGAAUUACUGAAAGUAAUUUUAAAAAAUAUUCAUUCGAAAUUAAAUUCUUUGCAUAUAAAAGCUGAUCAAUGCACAAAACAAUACUUUAUUUGAAUUAUUUUCCUACCAUCAUUUUCAAAUUUUAUAAAUUGUAUUUGUCAAUUUGAAAUCAAUCACAUGCAUAUAUUUAAAUGUGAUAUUUACUACAAUAGUAUACUGUUUUGAUAUGCUGUGCUCUUUUUCAACAUGAUUCUAUUAAAUAAUCUUGUUUCUUCUAAAUUAUUUAUUCAUUUUGCAACACCUUUUAACAUGCUUCAAAUAUCAGCUGUAGUUAUCCGUAAAGAUAUGUUUUUAUAAUCAGUAUCAUUAGUAUAUAAAAACAUAAUAACAUGAAUAUUAAUUGUUAGUUAUAUCUUAUUAUUUGGAAAUUGUAAAAUUUUUAAUAUAGCCUUUU